UCCAAAGUGUAAAGAAGUGUAUUUCAUAUUUUAUUUCAAAGUUAAAUUAGUGCAAGAUAUAAUUAAAAAGUAAAGUUGGCAGUUUGCCACCAAAGAAAUUAACAAUCGAUAGCUUAGUGGAGGUGGCGUCCGAAGGCAGAUCCAAGGGUCGUGGGUUCGAGUCCCAGUCGGAGUCUACCAAAAAAUUAAUUGCUUUUUUUCACAACCGAGAAAUUGUGGACUUUAUUAGUUGGGAAGAGAAGCAAAUGGUUAAGGAGAAGAAAGCGGGGGUAUCGAAAGAUACCUCUGCCAACACAUCGUUCGAUGUUGCGGUGGUGCCAGCAGCGGUACCGCAAGCAACUGCAACAACAUCAGGUCAGGCAUCUGACCAAUGGAUGGAAACAACAACCAACAAAAAAAGAAAAAUCAAAAAACAUAGCCCAAAUAAAGUGGAGAGGGCCAACUCUGCUAAGCGGCGGGACAUGCGGAAGGAAAUGAAGAGUGGUAAAGGAGGAAUUACCACCGAGAGUGAGUUUUCCGACUACGCCGAGUCGGAUAAAAUUGAAUAUGUAUCCGAAGGUGGAGAGGGGCUCUUCAGGUCUCCGAAUAUGGAUUUAAUCCUAUCGGAGCCAGAGCCAGUCCCGCCGCCAACGGAGGCUUUGGAGGUAAUGGCGGACCUCCAGGAUGAAACCGAACUGGUACAGGCCCUGCAAACCAAACAGGCAGCCAUCAGCCAGUUCGAGCAAAGCCUCAACAAGCUGAAGGAGGAAAUCGAGCCCCUCCUCACUGCACUUAGACUCAAACAAGAGGCGCGCCGAAAGGAAGAGGCAGUGCAAAAACAACAGCAACAACAACUACAGCAGCAAAAACAACCACAACAUAAGCCCGCUCCCAAAAACACAGGAGCGGAGCAAAAUAAAAAGAAGCCAGCAGCAGUCACAGGCCCGGAUGUUGAGGGCCCAUCGACCUCAGCUAAAGCAAUGCAGCAGCAACAACAGCAGCAGAAACAGCAGCAGCAGAAACAACAGCAGCAGAAGCAGCAACAACAGCAGCAGAAGCAGCAACAACAACAACAGCAACACCAGAAACAACCACAGCCCAAGAAGGAGAAGCAGCAGAAACAGCAACAAAAGCCGCAGAAGCAGCAACAGCAGCAGCAACAGCAGCAGCAACAAAUGCAGCAGCAACAACAGCAGCAGAAACAGCAGCAGCAGAAACAACAGCAGCAGAAGCAGCAACAACAGCAGCAACACCAGAAACAACCACAGCCCAAGAAGGAGAAGGUGCCACCAAUUAGGACCUACCGGGUUGACCUGCAAGACUUGAAACAGGUAUGUAAGUCGGCCACUAAUGGCAAAUUUUUAAUCAAUAUUCUGAAUGAAAAAGAAAAGCGGUAUUCGGUACAGUGCUUCUCACUGGCCGAAUACAAAUUACUUAAAGAAGUGCUGAAACAGGCCACCGCUGAGUUCUUCAGCUAUACGCCUAAGAGCGAAAAAUUCCAGACGGUCCUUCUGAAGGGCAUAAGUUCCUGCACGGAACCAGAGGAGCUCUUAGCUGAGCUCCGUCAAAAAGCCACGGACGAUCUCGAUUUUAUCGGGGUCAAGCCGUUCACUACGGUGAAGUCAAGACGAGGGGGUUAUAGGCUGCCAAUGUUCCUGGUAACAUUAUCGCCCCAAAGCAGUUUCGAAAGUGUGAAGAAAAUCAAAUCUCUCGACUAUCAAACUGCACGAUGGGAUACAUUAAAAAGGCACGACGGCAUUUUACAAUGUACGAAGUGCCAGAGGUUUGGCCAUGCCAAUGCCAACUGCAAUAUGCAGUUGCGUUGUGUGAGGUGCGGAGAAACACACAAAGAAGGAGAGUGCAAGCUGGGGAAUGAGCGGGUUGAGGAUUUGACCCUGCUCAAGUGUGUCCUUUGUGGAAACCAAGGGCACCCGGCUAACUAUAGGGGUUGCCCUAAGGUCCAACAAAUGAAGCAAAAACAGGCCAGUCAAAAAGCCGAAAAAAGUCGAACAGUUCGACAGGCUCCAACACAAAAAUUCGUGGAUCCCAAAUUCUCUUACGCCCAAAUGGUGUCAGGGAGUGGAAACACGAGACAGGCUCCACCAACGGUUGCCCCAAAGGCCCCUGUGCCUAAGGCACCAGAGGUGCAGCCUGACAUUGUAGCCCUGUUGUUGAGCAUUCAAGGUCAACUAACAGGACUGCAAAGUCAGAUAAAGGAGCAAGGCAAAAGGGUAGAUCAUCUCUACUCUUUGUUGCCUGGCCUGGCGCAAUUUAGACCAUAAUGGGCGCGCUGCCGGAGACGCGCCUAAAGGUCCUAGCUGUGAAUGUAAAUUCACUGAUUAGGAUUGAACGAAGAGCCAAUAUGUUCCAAUUGUUGAAAGACUACAGUCCC